AUGGCUGAAGAAUUUCAGGAAAGCGAAGUGCUUUUUCCUCAAGAGCAUGAAACGGAGCUUCAACAUUCAGCUGAGGAAGAAGCAGAAGACAAAUAUGCCUUCCAAAUUGGCCAUUUUAACAACAAGGUAUCCAUGAUACGGAAUGUAAUCAUGAAUCAGGAUACCGAUUCUGUACCAAUGAACAAAGCUUCAUGGUUCACGGAAAUUAAAUACAACGAGUUCGUAGAUGAUGAAAUGGAAAUGGUGCCGCCCCAUUUAAUAAUUAAACGGAGAAUUGCCAGAAAAAUGAUGGCAUUUUCAAUUUGCACAGGAUAUGAAAGGACGCUCAAGGGAAGGAAUUUGCGUCAAACAGAGCCCAGCACAAACAGCUCUUCUUAA